AUGAGCUCGGUCGUUUUGUGCGUCGCGGAGAAACCGUCGCUCGCCGCGCUCAUCGCGGGGUUCUUAGCGCCGGGAGGGGCGUUCACGACCAGGAAAGGGUUCGCGGGCGACGUCCAUGAGUUCACGGGUAGGGGGUUGGGGACGAUGCGAUCCCGCGCGUGGCGAGUGACGAGCGUCAAGGGACACGUCGCGAGCGUCGACUUUCCAGAGAGGUUUCAGUCUUGGGAAUCUUGCGAUCCGGGAGAGUUAUUCGCGGCGCCGACGGUGAAGCGGGCGGAUGGAAAGAUGGUGAGACAUCUCGAGAGCGAGGCGAAGGGAGCUAUGACGUUGAUUUUGUGGCUCGAUUGCGACCGGGAGGGGGAGAACAUUUGUUUUGAGGUCAUCGAGGCGUGCGCGCCUUCGAUGCGGACAAGUGGUGGGGGUGAACGAGAGAUUUUGCGCGCCAAAUUCAGCGCGGUGACGAAGGAUAGUGUGGAAAAUGCGAUGAAAUCACUGGGUAGGGCGAACAGGAACGAGGCGCUUGCCGUUGACGCGAGACAAGAGCUCGAUUUGAAGAUGGGCGUGGCGUUUACUCGAUUUCAGACGCAGUACUUCUUGAACAAGUACGAUCGCUUAGAUGCGCGCGUGGUGUCGUACGGACCGUGUCAGACGCCCACUCUCGGGUUUUGCGUGCAGCGACACCUGGAGAUUGUUCGGCACGUUCCCGAGCCGUACUGGGUGCUCGAGGCUUUGUUCGCAGACGCCGAUCGCGGCGAGGAAGUAGCCCCAAAAUGGGCGCGCUCAAGACUCUUCGACGAAGAGGCCGCUCGCGCGUUUCUUCAACUCGUCAACGACGCGAAAACGUUUGACGUCGUAUCUGUGGAAUCCAAGGCGGAAAAGCGCCCUAGGCCGAGUGGUCUGAACACGGUGGAGAUGCUCAAGGCGGCUUCGGCGGGACUCGGCAUGGGGGCGCAUCGAGCCAUGCAGGUAGCUGAGCGUCUUUACAUGGCUGGUCACAUCUCAUAUCCUCGCACAGAGAGCACGGCGUAUCCAUCUGGCUUCGCCUUGAAGGAGACGCUUCGAAUUCAAACGUCUCACCCCACGUGGGGCGAGUUCGUGCGUGGUCUAGUGGAGGAGGGGUUGAUGACACCACCUAGACGCGGCGUGGACGCGGGUGACCACCCUCCAAUCACGCCCAUGCGGGCGUCGACCGAAGGCGACGUGGGCGGCGGCGAGGCGUGGCGCCUUUACGAUUUCAUCUCCCGACACUUCAUAGCGACCGUAUCGCCCGAUUGCGAGUACGAGACGCAAACGGCUGUGCUUCGCGCCGGAGGCGAGGAGUUCACUCUGCACGCCAAGGAGGUGACCGCGCAAGGAUGGACGGAGAUCAUGCCACACAGGAUGAUUGAAGACACGCCGCUGCCCGCGAAUGUCGUCCCGGGGACUAAGAUACCAAUAAAGUCAGCGUAUCUGAGGAGCGACACCACGGCGCCUCCGGGUUACCUCACAGAGAGCGAGCUCAUCGGGAUGAUGGAGAAGAACGGCAUCGGCACGGAUGCGUCCAUUCCGACGCACAUCAACAACAUUCAAACGCGCAAAUACGUAGACAUCGAGAGAGGACGCAGAGUUGUACCAACACAGCUCGGAAUUACCCUCGUGCAGGGCUACCAAGCCAUCGACGCCGAGCUCGUAUUGCCAACUGUGCGUCGACACGUCGAGAAGCAACUCGAUCUCGUCGCGAAAGGUGAAGCUCCCUACGAAGGCGUCGUCGAUCACAUUCUCGCCCAAAUGUUCUAUAAGUUCAAUUACUUCACGGCGAAUAUAGCAGCCAUGGAUGCUCUAUUCGAGGCAUCGUUUUCGCACACGACGACGGAGUCGAGACCGUACUCGAAGUGUGGCAGAUGCUCGAGAUAUCUGAAACUUGUCGGUGCGAAUGGACGAAUUCAGAGAUUAUAUUGUCCCACAGAGGAGGUUGUUUUCGAAUUACCGAUCGGUGGUACGUUCAAACAACACAACGGUCGUACCUGCCUGAUAUGCGGCUUCGAAUUAUUGAUAUUCACAGCCAAGGGAACGACUCGCAGUUUCCCUCUUUGCCCGUUUUGUUUCAAUUUCCCGCCGUACAAGGAGAAUGCACCACGAGUGAAAGCAUUGCUAAGAGGAUCGCCACAUCCACUGGAACACCCGGUGGCGGAUGCGGUGGCGGUUUCGCCUUGCCCGGAGUGCGUGUUAUCGACCGCCGGCGGCGUGCUUAUGCUUGAUCCGUCGGCGAGUGCGCAAGAUAAGUUGCACUGCUCCAAGUGCGACGUCUCAGUACGACUGCCUCGUGAAGUACGACGAGCGAGCGUGAGCGACGAGGCUGAGUGCGCGGUGUGCGAGGCAAAGUGUUUACAUCUCGAGUACUUUAACGGUGAUAGCAAAUUGGCGUGCCUCACGUGCGAGGAUGAGUUAAGCACGCGUAUUAGAAUAUUUCGAGUCGCGCAGCCGGGAGGCCGUGGUCGAGGUGGACGAGGGCGUGGAGGUCGACGUCACGGACGUGGCGAUGCAGACGGUGCGCGCGGCGAUAGAGAUUCUUAG